AUGGCAACGAGGAUUAGUGGAGAGGGUCCUUGUAUUGUUGUUGUGCUGUCUUCUAAUGGGAAAACCUUCGGCUGUUUUGCUUCCGCAGGAUUCUUUAUGGGACCUCGUUUUCACGGUGACGCUACCUCUUUCCUGUUUGAAGUCCAACCACAAAUUCGGAUAUUUUCUGCCACUGGUUUAGCGAAGAACUACGCAUAUCUGAACGUUCAACAAAGCAGCAUGCCUAACGGCUUGGGUAUUGGUGGUUACGAGUCUACCUGGCCGUUUUUCAUAUGUGAGGAAUAUGGAACAGGCAUCACACUAGCAAAUAUUUGUUCGUUUGAAAAGUGUCACCUUUCUGGAUCCGACAGCUUUGUUAUAAGUGCCAUUGAAGUUUGGCGUGUUGGCGAAAAACCGCAUAGUUCCAUCGAAAAUGAAUCCACACGAAAUGAGAAAUCGAUAAUUGAUAAGGAUCCGCAAGCACGAGCACUGCUGGAAAUAAGCGGUCGUACUAUGCACUCUGAGGCUUAUCGAGAACCAGUCUCUCUACUGGAGUCAUGA